CGGCCAUGAUUCAGGCGAAGAGGAGGUCAACUGUGACUCGAAUUACCAUAGCAACUGUACCAGGAUUGACAUAGGCCUUCGAAUUCCCUCCUUCCUCGUACAGUUAUCUUACUGCCUAUGCCACGGCGAUACUGCUAACCGGUGCAUAAAGAUCAGAGAGUCUUCGAGCCUCAACAUUGGCUUAUCGUCAUUUUUCGGUUUGUUUUAUAGGAGACAAAGCCCUACAAGGAUGACCCCCAGAUCAUGGCUGUAACAAGUUUAGUCACUGCCUACCAGGAGAACGACAUCAAUGAGUUUGAGAAAAUUCUGCGCGAACAGCGCGCUGUCAUCAUGGAGGACGCCUUCCUGCGUGAGCACAUUGAGGCUCUGCUCUUCAACAUUCGUACGGAGGUUCUCAUCAAGCUUAUCCGGCCCUACACUCGAAUUCGCAUCCCUUUUAUCUCGAAGCAGUUGAAUCUGGAAGAGAGGGAGGUGGAGUCCCUGCUUGUGGCCUGCAUCCUUGACAACGUGGUUCAGGGUCGGAUCGAUCAGGCCAAUCAGAUGCUCAUCCUCAGCAGCGAACCCGUCUACGAGGCGCGCUACCAGGCAUUGGAUAAACUCUCCAGUAGACUCAAGAGCUUGCAGACCUCCAUCGUUAACCGUUUUUCCGUGAUAUACUAG